AUGGAGUGCAACGCUUCUACUCUGAUCUCAGACCAGUGCCCAAUAGCCCCUACGAGAGAACCAAGAAGGACUUUGAGAAGCUUAAUAACCCUAAGGAGAAUGAUACGAUAUUGGAGACAGUCCUUCCGGCUCUUGAAAAUCGCUCAUGGCGAGGACACAGUGACGUCCACACGUAGGAUGUACGUUGGGCUACACAGUGUUGCCGUGGAUAUUCACUAUGGCUUCGGACUCGAGUUACCGCUUCUAUUUACCAAAAAUGAAACGUGCAGGGCUAUGACCGUCCCGAAGUUGCAACUCAGCAGAACCAUUGUUUUGGAGUCAAUGUUCUUCAACAAGCUCCCAAAAGAACUUCGAGAUAAGAUAUAUCUUUUCGCGCUUCCAAUAGAGGCGUGGAGCACAGGGCAUGACGGCAAUUCAGUUGAGCUCGACUUCGCAGGAGGUAUUGGUGAUCUCAGUGGCUUCUAUUUCCCACUGAGCAGCCUAGCGAUGCUCCGAGUGAACAAGCAAAUGCGUCAAGAAGCACUGCCCUUGGCGUAUCGUCGGACCGUCUUUCACUUGGAUGAUAUGGACGAUCUCAUUAGGCUUCUCAUUGCAGUUGGUGAUAUUGGUCGUGACAAUAUUGCAUCACUGGAGCUUGCAUGGCAGAGCAAAACUGACUUUGAGGGUCAAUGGGACAAAGAUCCGGUCGCUGGCAAACAUUCGCUGACAUUGCCAAGCUUUCAUGUUGGAAAGUGUGUCAGACUGCUCAAGCAGUGUAAGAGGCUCAGAACCCUGCGUCUUUAUUUUGAGCGCGACCUCAUUGAGGAUAUGUCUCCUAACGUGUACAAAUCUGAUCCUGGACUUUGUGACCUUAGCUCUGUCUACGGGAUUGACAAGGUAGAGAUCUGGGAUCUGGGCAAUGAGUCACUAAAGGAAAGCGGCUUUGUAGAGUGGCUGAAAGAAGGAAUUGAGUUACCUGAAACUACCACAAUAGAUGAGAAGAUAGGCAAUUUAGAUAUAUAA